AUGGCAACUGAUGCCCUGCAGACCAUGCGUCAGCUGGCAUUCCCGACUGACCUGAACCUGAAGCCCAGCGGUAUAACCUUACCGACCAUCGAAGGCCGGUAUGAGCUGAAGACAGACCUGAUCCAACUCAUGUCCAAAUUCCAUGGCAUACUUGAAGAUGAUCCAAUCACACAUCUCCGAGACUUCGAGAUGAUAUGCUCUACGGAGGAUAACCAGGCGUCCAUGGGAGAAUACAUUAGGUUGCUCUUGUUUCUUUUCACACUACAAGGUAGUGCAAGGAAAUGGUACUAUGGCUUGACCGCUGGCAGUGUGACCACAUGGGCUGAGAUGCAACAAAAGUUCCUGGAGCGGUAUUACUCAGCAGCAAAAGUCUUCAGUAUGAGGCGGACCCUACAAAACAUCAAACAAGGAGAGCUCGAAUCAUUCUACGAGUAUUGGAGCCGAUUCAAAGGGUUGUUGGAAGAAUGCCCACACCAUCAAAUUCCUGAAUAUAAUUUGGUGGAGUACUUCAUAACGGGACUCAAGAAGUACGAGAAAAAACUUGUUAUUGCGGCAUGUGGAGGUUCGAUGUUUGACAAGACGCCCAAAGAUGUUUUGCAAGUCAUUGAAUGUAUGGCCACGAAGUUGGGAGCAUAUGAAUGCAAUCUGGAAGUACCAAAGAAUGUGGAGAAUGGAAACCUCAACGAGUUGAAGAAGGAGAUCAUGGAGCUCAAACAACUCGUCGUAGUCUUGAUCACACCGGAGAAUGUUCGUCAGUGUGGCCCAGACCACAUGACCGAGCAUCAGACUGAUGGAUACACUCUCUCCGUAGGGGGUGGACCAAUGGAAGAUGUUGCCAUGGGAGAAAAUGAUGACCAGCACGAAAAGUAUGAUCCAUUCUCUCACUCUUACAAUGUUGAAUGGAGUGAAGAUCCAAGUUCCCAAUGGGGAUAUGGAGAAUGGAAGAAUCAACAACUGCUUCCAGUACAGGGCAUACCACAGACGCCCUCGUCCCAACCAGAACCACAAGAAGAACCAACUUGGGAGGAGUUAAUGGAAGCAAUCGCUAAGGAUGCUGAACUCUUCGAGUCUGAAACAAAGGUCGGGAUCGAUCUGACCGAAGAAGCUGACGGAGCAACACUGCAAGAGGAGAAUAGUUCAUAA